UUUGUCAUGGUACGAAUCUAACCACUUGAUUCUUGCAAUGGCUUUGGCUCUCCUUCCUCUCUUUUCCUUUCUAGUUUUGCUGCCUACUCUUGCUGCGGCUCAAACUGUUGGUAAUGUGACAGUAGGUGCCUCUCUCUCUGCUGUUGAAAAUUCUUCUUCAUGGAUUUCUCCUUCUGGAGAUUUUGCCUUUGGUUUUAACCAACUCAACAAUAAAGAUCUCUUCUUGCUUGCAAUCUGGUAUGAUAAAAUACCGGAAAAAACUAUAGUUUGGUAUGCAAAUGGAGACAGGCCUGCGCCAAGGGGAUCAAGAUUGCUGCUAACUGCUGACAGGGGGUUUGUACUUACUGGCCCUCAAGGUGAACAGCUAUGGAAUACUGAGACCAUAAAUGGGGUUGUUCGUAGCGGUGUUAUGGACGACGCCGGAAACCUCAUGCUUCUAGGAAGUAAUUCUAUACUUUGGGAGAGCUUCAAAAAUCCUACUGAUACUAUGUUGCCAUCGCAGAAACUGGACAAAGGAGUUGCACUUUCUUCUCGCCAAUCAGAUUCCAACUUUACUGAGGGGAGGUUUCGGAUGGUUUUGCAAUCAGAUGGAAAUCUUGUUCUUACUACCAUAAACUUGCCCAGUGACCAUUUUAAUGAGCCAUAUUAUAAAAGUAAUACUGCUGGAGAUACCAAUUCAUCCAGUCCUGGUUUCCAAGUGGUCUUCAAUGAGUCAGGCUACCUGUUUGUCUUGAGAGAAAAUGAAGAAAGAUCCCUUCUAACAACGGCAAUAACAGGCUCAGCUAAAGACUUCUAUUACAGAGCAACUCUCAGUUUCGAUGGAAUUUUCAGCCUGUACUCUCACCCCAAGGCUUCCACAGGGAAUUCAAGGUGGACUACUGUUUGGUCUGAACCGGAUAAUAUUUGCACAGCUAGUUUGGUAACUGCAAGCAGUGGUAUAUGUGGUUUUAACAGUAUCUGCAGUCUCAACGCCGAUGGAAGGCCAAAUUGUGGAUGUCCUAGAGGAUAUACUUUAGUUGAUCCAAAUGACCAGUAUGGCAGUUGCAAGCCUAACUUCACUCAGAGUUGUGCAGAAGAGCCAGCUCCUGUUGAAGACUUGUAUGGUUUUGAAGUUCUUACAAAUGUAGACUGGCCGCUAGCUGAUUAUGCACUCUUAGAGCCUUUUACCGAAGAAAAAUGCAGAGAAUCUUGCUUGCAUGAUUGUAUGUGUGCUGUUGCCAUUUUUAGACUAGGCGAUAAGUGUUGGAAGAAGAAGCUACCACUAUCAAAUGGAAGAGUUGAUCCCAGUCUUGAUGGGGCAAAGGCUUUUGUCAAAGUUAGGAAAGGCGAUCCACCUCCCUUAGGUCCUUAUUUUCCAAAUAAAAAAAUGAAGAAGAACCAGGAAAGUUUGAUCCUGGCAUUAUCAGUAAUUCUAGGUAGCUCUGUAUUUUUCAAUUGCAUUUUUGUUGCUGCAAUUUGUCUGGGAUUUUACUUCAUUUACCAAAGGAAACUCAAAACAUUACCCCAAAUUGAAGGUGUCGUGGGAACAAAUUUGCGUUCUUUUACUUACAAGGAGCUUGUAUAUGCUACCAAUGAGUUCAAAGAAGAAUUAGGAAGGGGAGCUUUUGGCAUUGUUUACAAAGGGGCAUUAGAUAUGAGUUCUAGCUCUCUGGUUGCUGUGAAAAGAUUGAAUACUAUGGCACAGGAUACUGAGAAGGAAUUCAAAACUGAAGUGAAUGUAAUUGGCCAAACGCAUCACAAGAACCUCGUAAGAUUGCUUGGAUUUUGUGAUGAUGGAGAUAAUAGGUUACUGGUGUAUGAGUACUUGAGCAACGGCGCUCUGGCAAGCUUCCUUUUUGGCGACUCAAGACCCAGUUGGAGCCAAAGAACUCAAAUUGCUUUUGGGAUUGCAAGGGGACUCCUCUAUUUACAUGAAGAAUGCAGCACACAGAUUAUUCACUGUGAUAUAAAGCCUCAGAACAUUCUGCUAGAUGAGCAUUACAAUGCAAAGAUUUCUGACUUUGGAUUGGCAAAGCUUUUGUUGUUGAAUCAGAGCCACACCAAUACUGCUAUACGAGGGACAAAAGGAUAUGUCGCACCAGAAUGGUUUAGGAACCUGCCAAUAACUGUGAAGAUUGAUGUAUAUAGCUUUGGAGUGCUGCUGCUAGAACUCACAUGUUGCCGAAGAAGUGUAGAUAUGGAUUGCGGUCUAGAAGAAAGAGCAAUUUUAACUGACUGGGCUUAUGACUGCUACCGUGAAGGCAUAUUGGAUGCACUGGUUGAAAAUGACACUGAUGCCUUGAAUGACAGAGGAAAAGUAGAGAGGUUUGUGCAAGUUGCCAUCUGGUGUAUUCAAGAAGACCCGUCCCUGAGACCUACCAUGAGAAAAGUCACACAGAUGCUUGAAGGAGUUGUGGAAGUGCCCAUUCCACGAUGUCCAUGUCCAUGUGCAUAUACUACAACUGCUUGAAAUUCUGCUUUUAAAGUGAUCAGCAGCAACCUUUGCUUUCAUGUAUGAACUGUACUGAAGUUUGUUUAACAAACCUUUUCUUGGAAUAAGUUGUUGAUUUAGGUGUUUGCUUCCGCCUGAGGAAGCUCUAUGUAUUGAAGUACCUCAAUUCCAGAGUAAUAUUAUUUUGUACAAAUAACUUUGGUAGGACCUAAUCUUUAAACUAGUCGGAGUUCAGCUA